GUCGAACAUUGUCUUAUGGGAAGUUACACCGUGCUUUUAUAAUACCGAUUAAAAUCUGCAAGUAUCAUACGUAAUGGUUUCUGCAUGUGUUAUUGGCUGAAAAACAAGAAACAGGGUUGCUAAACAAUUAGCUUUCUUGCACUUUAACGUAACGACACUUUUCGGUUGGUAGAGUUAGCUAACUUACACAACUUUAGGCUAAUUUGCUAAGAUACGCGAUGUUUGACUAACCUAUUACUUCUGUAUCAGUUAGUAAAAAAGCUAAGCUAGUGCUCUGGCCAGCAGAAACACCAGCUCAGCAAACUAACCUUGGCGUCUGGACAAUAUCUCUGCAGAAAACAAAAUAUCGUCCGGUAUUGCUUGAGAAGGGCAGUUCAACCUUUAGCUAUGUUUACGUUUUUAUUCCUCAGUGCGCUUAUUUUGUGAUAUAUGUCAGCUGUGGGGAUCGAAACGGUGGACUGUGUAGUGUUAAUAGUAAACUGCACGACUCCGCCCCCUCAUCCGGGCUGUACCGGAGACGAAAGCGAUUGCAAAGCUGGUGACGCACGCGCAUUAGCGUCAACAAUGUGGCUGUCCUUCAGUAGACAUGUUCAGCGGUUGAAUCAUUCACCAUACGUUUUGCUCUCGAAAGUGUGUGUCCACCAGGUGCACAGCAGUAGCACUGAGUUUACGGACAGUUGCUAUGAUGGGCUGUAUCCUGGACAUAUACACACCACUCCCAUCCAGAAAGCCCUGUUGGCUGUGGGGUCAGGAGUGGCUGCUCUACAAAACCCCUACAGACAUGACAUGGUUGCAGUGCUGGGGGAGACGACCGGACACCUAGCGUUGAUAAAUCUCAGGGACAAGAUGAGAAAUGACCCUGAAGGCAACACUAUCCUAACUGAAAGGCCCAGAAUCCGUCUGUCUACGCUUAAUCUGAGCGAAAUGGCCUGUCUGCCUGACAGAUCUUUUGGGAGGGAAUACUGUCGUUUUCUGGAGGACAAUCAUGUGACUCCAGACUCAAGGGCAGACGUGAAGUAUGUGGACAAUGAGGAGCUAGCUUACGUUAUGCAGAGAUACAGAGAGGUCCAUGAUUUACUGCACACCUUACUUGGCAUGCCCACCAAUAUGUUGGGUGAAGUGGCAGUGAAAUGGUUUGAAGCUGCUCAGACUGGCCUUCCCAUGUGUAUGCUUGGAGCUGUGUUGGGGCCACUUCGACUGAAUCCAAGCCGUCUACAGCAGCUGUUCACAUCAUUGGGCCCUUGGGCUCUUCACAAUGGUCGUCGGGCCCGCUGCGUCCUCAGUAUCUUCUAUGAGAGACGGUGGGAGCAGAACAUCGAAGACCUCCGACAAGAGCUCAACAUAGAGCCACCUCCUGUCAUACUCAGUGCUACCAAGAAGCGAAACACAUAAGGAAAGACAAACAAAAAGCAGAAUUAAGGAAUCACCCUUGCUAAAAACUUUUAAAAGCUGGGGAAAAACUAAGAUAUUUGAAAGGUUGUACACUAGAAAUGGACAUUAGUAACUUCUGAAGAAGUGAGGAAAUUGCACAGUUGCUAAACUUUGGAUUUCCCAAUCAGUUGAGUGGGGUAAAAUCUUCUGAUGAAAUGCUUGAGUUUUUAUGUUCUGCUGCAAUGUGAAAGGAAGUGUGUAUUUAUUUAAAGAAUACAAAUAAAUGAAAAAGUGUAUAGUUUGCCAAUGUCAUAUUAAAAGCCAGCAGGUAUUGA